GGGCUGGUGGUGGAGAAGGAGAGAACUUGAAUACUGAACUAAGAAGACAAUAUGGAAGAACAGGUCGAAACAAUCGGUAGCGCGUUUGUGAACCAUUACUAUCAUCUCUUUGAUAACGACCGUUCUUCUCUUGCCGGGCUUUAUCAGCCUAGCUCGAUGCUUACUUUUGAAGGUCAGAAGAUAUUAGGGGUCGAUGAUAUAUCCGGUAAGCUAAACAACUUGCCGUUUGAACAAUGCAAGCAUGUCGUUAGCACCAUUGAUACACAGCCGUCGUCUUUUACUGGUGGCAUACUAAUCUUUGUCAGCGGCAGCCUCCAAUUGGGCGGAGAGGAUCAUCCUUUAAGAUUUAGUCAGAUGUUUCAUUUGAUUCCUGCGCUACAAGGAGGACUGUUUGUGCACAAUGAUAUUUUUCGCCUCAAUUAUGGCUAAUUUAUUCAUUAUGACGUUAUUAAUUUGAUGAAUAAAUAUUAUAUUUCCCUGAA